AACUUUCAAGUCAGUCGACCGUUGAGUCUCGCUGCCGGUGCGCGUCUGUCACUCACGUGGAUGACUCAAAACGAUUCGCAUAAACAUUUUUACAUUUCGAUAUUUCAUAGUGAAGUUCAGUUGGUGAUUAACAUUUUGGUGUACUGCGGAUAAGAGUGAUUAGCCGCCAAUGUUAAUUCAUACAUAACCCAUGUUGUGACAGCCACCAGACAGAAUUAUCAAAAUUUUCAUUCACGAACCAAAUGCGAGCGUAAAAUGAAGGAUCUCGGUCUAAAGAUACCCAAGUUGCCGACGCGAAAUGUGCUCACCGGCGCAGUUGUCAACUGGGACGACGAUGAGAUGGCCGGCCUUGGGGACACGCCUGAGAACCUCACGCUGGCGUGGAAGGACCUCUCGGUGUACAGGAAUAAGAAACACCAGACGAGCAUAUGGCGGUCGCCGACGUAUGAGGAGGUUAAGGUGCUGCAUGGAGUGAGUGGGGUGGUGUCUUCCGGCAACUUGGUGGCUCUAAUGGGUUCAAGUGGAGCUGGCAAGACCACACUUCUGGCGGCUAUAAGCCGCCGAGAUAAAAGCGCAACUACGGGCUACCUGAUGCUGAACGGGCGGCUGGCGGGUGCUGACCUGAUAGCGAGGAUUUCGGGCUUCGUGCCGCAGGAGGAUCUCUCGAUCGAAGACCUCACUGUCGCGGAACAUAUGGAGUUUAUGGCGCGUAUGAUGAUGGACAAACGAUCGACGGCCAUCACACGCCAGCGGCGCAUCCAGCAACUUCUCAGCGAGCUCGGGAUAUCCACCUGCACCAGGACCAAGCUGAAGGCACUCUCGGGGGGUGAGAGGAAACGAGUCGCUUUGGGUGUUCAGCUCCUGAACGACCCGCCGAUACUCUUCUGCGACGAGCCCACCACGGGACUAGACAGUUCAGCCGCUAACUCAGUGGUGUCCAGACUCCGUCGCCUCGCGAUCGGCGGGAAACUGGUGAUCUGUUCCGUCCACCAGCCAGCGUCUGGGGUUUUCGAACUAUUCCACCAGGUGGUGCUGCUGGCGAACGGGCGCAUCGCCUUCCACGGGACUAUAGAACAGGCAGAUCAGUUUUUCGCUUCGCUUAACUACAAGUGUCCAGUUGGUUUCAACGCGGCGGAGUAUUACGUUUCACUGCUCGGCGUUCAGACGGAUAAGGAAAUGGAGAGCCAUGAGAGGAUUCGGCGCAUUUGUAACGAAUACCAGAGAUCUGAUAUCGCAGCAGCCAUCGAGAGCAGAGUGGGCGACGUCAAGGACGAGCUGGAGUACUUCAAUGGGAAUUCUGAUGAAAAGAAUUUAUACUUCGAGCGGUACCUAACUCUAGUCAAAGUAAACUAUUUCGUCCAAUUUUACUGGUUGUUAUGGAGAAAUAUUAUAUGCAUAAAGCACAACAAAUCUAUAUACAUAGCUGAAUUUUUACUACUGAUGUUCGUGGGUCUCAUAAUCUCGAUACCCUAUAUGGGCCACUUUACGGAGCUCGACCAGCGUGACAUACAGAACGCGGAGGGUCUCCUUUACCUCACGAUAACGGAGACGAUAUUUCUGUUUAUAUACGCGGUCUUCAUCACGUUCCCACAAGAAGUGCCCAUACUGUUACGGGAGACGGCCAGCGGGUUGUAUGCGCCGCUGCCGUAUUAUUUGUCAAAAAUGAUAUUUUGGAUCCCCCGGGCCGUGGUAGAACCCAUAUGCUUCGUGACACUGGUGUUUCUUAUAGCUGGUCUUCAGGGCGGCUUCACCAACUGGAUUGGAUUCUGUUUUGUUUGCGUACUCUGUGCGAACUACGCGAAUGCAUACGGUUCCUUCCUCUCCGCAACGUUCGACAAACUGGAGACGGCCGCUCUCUUCGCGGUACCUUUCGACCUGGUCGGCAUCAUGUUCUCCGGCAUCUACCUCAACCUGACCAGCGUCAGCAAGUACCUCUCGUGGGUGCACUACUUCUCUUGCUUCUACUACGGCACCGAAACCGUUUCGAUCCUGCAAUGGAACACGAUUACGGAAAUCAAGUGCGUCAACGUUCCUGGCAUACCUUGCCUAAAGACAGGCUCCGAGGUCCUCAAGAGAUUCGGCUAUUCCGAAGAACACUUUUGGAGGAACUGCGUAUGUUUGGGCAUCAUGUACCUCACGUGUCAUAUCAUCGCAUUCGUUAUGGUCGUCAGAAGAAGCAAGGGCACGCCCGUCUAUUGAUGCUUAUUAUUAAUUUUUUAUGUAAAAAUUUUAUAAUACGCUGAGCGAAUAUCAGUGUCUGUGAACGUUUAACCAAUUAUACAAUAAUUUAUUAUACAUUUGUAAUUAAUAUAUAUUGAAUAAAAUAAAUGACAUAAUUAUCGAAUUAAUGUUUAAUCCCAUUGGGGCCUUCAAAAUAUCUGGUAACUUUUUGCGGUAAAAAUUACGUUAUGAUUAUUUUGAAUUAAAUAAUUAUGUUAUUAACAUUACAGACGCCAGUAAUAGAAAGGAUAAGUACUGUAUAAUUUAACUAUAAUUUACUAACUGUCCGCGCUGUAAAUUCUAGUUAGAAGUAAUGACAAUGCAACAAAAUCACUAAGUAUCACGAUUUGUUAACUC